AUGGAUUCACGGAGAACGACGACACGCUCCUCUCCUAGAAAUGGAAGAUCCAACAAUGGGAAUGAUAUCAGUGGGAGUAGCCGGCCCAGUAGCUGCAGCUACCUCUCUAACGUGAGGCCAGAGAACAGGAGCACACUCUGCAGCGUGAUUGCACAGUUAACAGAGGAAACGCAGCCCUCCUUCGAAACAAUCCUCAAGUCAAAAGCUGUGUCUGAGAAUUCCUAUGUGAAGUUCACGUGUGUGGUUACAGGAUACCCUAUUCCUCAAGUCAUUUGGUACAAGGAUGAUGUGCAGUUAGACAGAUACUGUGGACUGCCUAAAUAUGAAAUCUUCCGCAAUGGACAAAACCAUUCCCUGCACAUCUACAAUUGCACUGUGGAGGACGCAGCUAUAUACCAGGCCUCAGCCAGCAACAGUAAAGGCAUUGUGUCCUGUUCUGGGGUUCUGGAGGUGGGCGAAAUGAACGAGUUCAAGAUCCACCAGCGCUACUUCGGCAAGCUCAAACAAAAGGCAGAGAACAGACGCAGGGAAGCGGAAGGUAAAGAAAACCAGGAACCGCUCCGAACCAUCAGUCCGGACCGCACACAGAGGAAGCGCCGCUCCACAAUGGAGGCCUUUCUCAGCACUCCAAGCUCAAUGGAAGAUGAGAGCAACGAGGAGAGCCUUCAGGCUGUCGCUGUGGGGACAGAAGCCAGGCUACAGGAGGCCACUGUGGAAGAGGUGGAGGAAAAGCCAAUCCUCAUCACUAAAGGAGCAGUGUCAGCCUUAACUAAUGGACAGACUAUUGUUGACAACGCUAACAAGAGCGGGACAUGUAUACAUGACUCUGCCCAGAAGAUUUUUACUGCACGCGAACCCAAAACUCCCUUUGUCAAAAAGAAGAUUAAAAUGUCCAACAGUACACCAGGAGAGCGGCCAUCUGAGGAGAGAAUGGCAAAAGAUGAGACCUUAACCUCUGUAGCUCUGGGCUGCACAGAGAAAGUUCAGUCUGAGGGGAAUUCAGAAGAGUUUAUGGAAGUAGAGAACAUUGUUAGUUCGUCAGCUGUGGAUUCAGACUCCAGGAAUGUGCCAGAACGACAUCAGAAAUCAGAAACAGAGGAAUUAUUGCGUGCUGAAAGGCCUUCAAAGGGUGAAAACAUAUGUGUCGAGGUAGCCGUUCCUUCACAGAGAGGACAGCUGCCUGCCUCAGUACCCGCUGCUGCUCGUACAUCUACAAGUCGUACUGUUUCAAGGACUGAAGGGAAAAAAGAUGCAAAGCAUGAGAAGAAAGCUGGGCGUAAAGAUACUGAACAGAAUUUGGAAAUGCAGAACCAAAGUCCUCACAUGACCUCAACACAGCGACAGUCAAGUGCUGCAGCAGCAUCCCGACCACCCAAAAGCACAGUAAAGGGUGACAUUUCUAAAACAGAACAUGUUGAAGUCAUGGUUGUGGACGAGAAGUCAAAUACUGCUGGAUCUUUAGCACACAGAGACAUUGAGUCAGUGAACACACCACGUGAAGACAGAGCCUCUUUGCUUCAGCGUCCAUGUGAACAGACUGGAGGUCAGCCGUCUGCGAAUAAAGCAAGCCCCACCCAAGAAAAUGUGUCUGUGUCUCGGCCAGCGCUGCUGAACGAGGUUACACAGGCCCAUACAAAGAGGAACAGAAAUGAUGCACCUGUCAGCCUUGGGCUUCCACCCAACCAGAUGGAUGCACAAACACCACGAAAAGCCGAAUCAGAGAGAGAGACUACGGCAGAUGACAUCCAGACCCCGUCUUUGCGGUGUGGUCUUCAAGCAGCAAUUGACAAAAUGACACAGGGCACAUGGGAUCAUUCCAAGGGAUCAAAUGAAAGCAGUAGGGCCCUUUUUACAGACAUGCAGAAGUCACCCCUCCAAAGCCCUGGUGGUGGUGAGAACUCCCGAGGGUGUAAUGUUUCUUCCAGCACCCAGCAAAGCCAAAUUAAUACACCUAUAAAAACUGUUGAAGGGACAGAAAUACAAGUUGAUGAGAAGGUAGAAGGCAAAAGGGUAGGUACGUUAUCAGUGGAGUCUAACAGUUUGGCUCCAAAUGAGAAGAUAGUUGAGAUGGAGACUGAAAGUGCCGCUCUGCAUAUGAUUGGACACAUGAAAACAGAAAAGACCAAAGAUGCAGCAAAUAAAGACACUGAUGUUAUGAUUGUUGAUGGAUCGCAUAAAGAAACUGAGAAGAAUGAGCAUAUAUUAGAUAUGGAGGAGAAAACUAAUUCAGCAUCACAGGCUCUACAGUCCUCUAUGUUAGAGCCUGCAAUCUCACUCCUGACAAAAACGUCAGAAAACACAAACAUGUCUGAACUCCAGAUUAAAGAGUUCCAAGAAAUCACAAAAGUCAUAUCUGUAGCUGAACAUUUGAGAUCACAAAUAAAGGCUCUUGAAUCCACAAUAGUAAAUUCAGUGACCGCCUUACCGGUUCAUGCUGUCUUUGUACAAGAUCCAACUACAACUGUGACCGAAACAUGUGAGGAGUUAAAAGAAGAUAACAGCAAACCGACAGUGAAGAAGUCGAUGUCUGACAGGAAAGCUGACGCGAGUAUUACUCCCCCCAGAAACAUAAAAGAAUCCCUCAUUGAGGCCUAUAACCAACAAAAUAAAACUGAUCAGGAACAAAUUCCGUCUCAAGGUGCAAAUUCCCCGCCUGUUCAGGCUUUACAAAACCCAUCUGUAAUCCCUCCUAUCUCUGUCAUAGACACUGGCACCACUGCAGAGACCGCAGGACUUCAUGGCAGUGACAACACCAAUCACAAAGGUGUCAUGGACAUUUGCCAGGAAACGGAAGCCUCAACUCAGUUUCCUCUGAAAGAUUGCCCUGUUGUUUCCCUUUCUGGGAGUGAAAAUAUCAAACACAAUCUUCCUCCUUUGACCUCUCAGGAUGAACUGACCAAAAUACUUUCAUCUGGAACUGUACCACGAGAACAUGGGACUCCAAUUGCAGUGACAAAUAUUACAGUUCUGGAGCAUGCCAAAUGUCAACCGGUUCAAGGCAAACACAUGGGAGUUACACAAAAGUUAACCCCAGAAAGUCAACUCAACUUCCAAACUGAAAUGGGGAUUACUGAAGUGAAUUCCACAACAGCAGAUAAAUACAACAUGGAAGAACACAACACAAACACCCGUUCUGUGCAGAGUGUACAAACGUUUCCAGCUAAAAAUGUACUUGGAACAGAUACACAAGGGAAUAAUCUUCACAUUAUUCAGGAGGAUAGCUCAAUAGUGGAGGAAUUUUCAAGGACUGACCUUUUAGGCAAACCAACUCCAGGGGUUAGUCCAUUGUUAAAGAAACAAGACUGCGUUUCUCCCAUUCCUUCUGCUACUCCACAAGAGCUAGCCUCUGGCGCCCGACGCAAAAUCCUAGUGCCAAAGGCCAAACCUGAGGAGGCCUCAGAGGCCCCAUCACCUGUUGAUAUCCAAACUCAGAAAAAGGACGUUCCUACAGAGAGCAGCAAGCUUUCCAUAAGUCCCGUGACCCUCACUACGUCUCCAAGCAUGUCAAAAAGGUCACCUCUACUUCAGCCCCCUGUUGAGCAAACCUGUCCUGCAGAAAAGCGUUCUCCGCUCUUGAACCGGAGGAAGACGGCAUCUGAGACUCAAGCACCAAGCCAGCCGCCCACUGAGGAGAUCCACACGCCGAAAACUGAGGGGAAACCUGCAGAGAGGGACAAGCAUGACCCAUUCAAAGCACCUCAAGUUAUUCGUAAGAUCAGGGGUGAAACCUUCGCGGAUGCCUCAGGACACUUGAAGCUGUGGUGCCAGUUCUUCAACGUACUUAGUGACUCAACAAUCAGAUGGUACAGAAAUACAGAGGCGAUUGCUCAGAUUAAAAGAAAUGCAGGGGAUGAGACUCAGGUCAACCUUGCCAUUGUUCAGGCAACCUGCAAAGACUCUGGUGUUUACGGAUGCACAAUCACAAAUGAAUAUGGGACCGACUCCACAGACUGUCUGCUUAGUGCAGAUAUCUUGGCUGGAAUGUCCCUGCGUGAGGACCUUGGUGUUGGAGAAGAGAUCGAAAUGACACCCCUGAUAUUCAACAAGGGUGUGGCUGAUACUGGGGUCUGGGGUAACACAUUUUUUGGCCGUAUAAUGAUGCAGGAAUCUCAUAUUGGUGAUGGCUGUUCUCAUAAAGUCUGGAGGGCAAAAGUCAUCUAUGGUCUGGAACCUGUGUUUGAGUCUGGAAACACGUGUAUCAUUAAAGUAUGCAACCCCAUCGCCUAUGGAGGCAAAGCAGAAAGCUGCCUUAUCGACAGGAACCUGGACAUUGCCAAGCAGGAGUGUAAAAUUCGGAACUUGGCUCGGGAAUACUGCAAAAUCUUCUCCGCAGAGGCAAGAGUGAUCGAAAGCUUUGGCCCGUCACUUGAGGUGAUCCCAGUCUACCUGAUGUACCGACCAGCAAACACUGUCCCUUACGCCACAGUGGAGGCUGAUCUGCCAGGAAACUAUCAGAAAUACUCUGUCCUUGAUGAUUCAGGCAGAAUAGACAUGAGGUCUGGCUCUGAGGCGGAGCAGAAGUGCUGUGCCCUGCAGCACUGGAUCUUUCAGUGGACCAAUGGCAGUCUGCUACUCACUCGUCUAGAAGGUGUUGACACCAAGAUCACCAAUGUUGGGAUUUCAGUUAAAUCGACGGGGCAUCAAGGUCUGUCUGUGGAAGGAAAUCCCAAAGUGUUUGAGCAGUUCGUCUCCCAGCACCAGUGUAACUACUUCUGUGGUCUGCUCAGCCUGAGGUCACUAAAGGUCAUGGACUCUUUAUUGAUGCCAUCGAAGCCUAAGGGCUCCCGGAGCCCAUUACUUCAACGCAAAAUGGCUGCUGACUCCUCCAGCCCUCAGGCCGGCCGGAGAGCUGCUGGCAGCCCCAGACUGCCCAGGAAGACUGAGCAAGAGGGCAGAAACACUAAACAAAAAGAUGCUGAUGCUCCCAAACUUGUUAAGGUGGAAUAG